AUGGUGCCGAUGGUUGGUUUGGCCUAUUGGCCACUACUGUUAUGGCUGCCACUGCUUGCUGUACAGUAUGCUGCCGUGAUGUUUCUGGGCACAGGCAUGCAGUCUGCCGUGCAUUCCAUCACCGGCAUUUUUGUCGAUACGCCUGUAUGUGGGCUCAUGAAGAUCGUUUGGUGCGUCAUGCUAGUUUUGUGUUUGGAUUGUUUGCGGAACGUCUUCAAGCCAGGUGUUACUGGAGGCACAGAUGUGCAAACUGCCCAGAUGUUCGAGUCCUACGCCGCCAAGGAAGGAGCGCUGGUCCUGGCGGUGAAUUUAGCAUCUAUGGCGGCAAUUCAAGCACUGCAUGUGAUGAUCGGGCGGUGUGCCAAGCUCGAAGUGGACAGGGAUACCAUGAAACGACAGGCCCAAGCAGCAGGUGAGUUCUCGAAGCAGCUCAUGGCGGAGUCGAAGGAAGGAAAGGCGCCAGAGACAAAGAUGCCAGAGGAGACAAAGGAGAAGGAGGACGAGCUUCGCAAGCGAAAUUGA